GAGAAAGAAAGGAAGAAAGAGGAGGGCACUUUCCCAGCGCUCUCGCUGAGGACCGAACGACCGACCGCCGCUUUUCUUUUAUUCGUGACCGAGAGCAUCCGAGGACGUGCGCGGAACAUGUGACCAGAAGAAGAAACGGGACGCGGGUGGCCGCCGGACGCGGCGGCGACAGAGCGGACCGCCCCGACGCGGCGAGAAGGAGCGAGGAAAGGACGAGGACGAGAGGCCGGGGUGCCCUGCUGUGAGCAUGCACGUGCUGCACGUGGUUCAGGAGCUGGUGUCGCCGGCCAGGCGCAGGGCCGCCGCCGCCGCCGCCGCCGCCACCUUUGGAGCUUCUGACAGCGAUCGGGAUGCCGCCGUGAAACUGGAUCAGGAACGGGCGCGGAUCGUGGCCAAAUAUGAAAAGGGAAAAGAGGCCACCGUGGAGCCCUGGGAGGACACCGACUUCCACCUGUACAAGGUCAUCGACCGUUUCGGCUUCGUGCACGAGAAUGAGCUUCCGUCGUACGACUCGGUGGAGGAAAAGCACAAGCACACGGAGUUGGAGAGGACAACCAAGUGGCUGAAGAUGCUGAAGAGUUGGGACAAAUACAAGAACAGCGAAAAGCUCGUGCGGAGGAUCUACAAGGGAAUCCCGCUGCAGCUCCGGGGGGAAGUGUGGUCGCUGCUGCUGGACGUUCCCAAGAUCAAGGAGGAGAAGAAGGACUUCUAUGAGAAGCUGAAGGCCAGAGCCAAGCGCUCGUCUCCGGACGUCCGCCAAAUCGACCUGGACGUCAACCGCACCUACAGGGAUCACAUCAUGUUCAUGCAUCGCUACGACGUCAAGCAGCAGGCUCUCUUCCACGUACUCACGGCCUACUCCAUGUACAACAUGGAGGUGGGCUACUGCCAGGGCAUGAGUCAGAUCACGGCGCUGCUGCUCAUCUACAUGAACGAAGAAGACGCCUUCUGGGCUUUGGUCAGGCUGCUGUCGGGUCACGAGCACGCCAUGCACGGGUUUUUCGUCCCGGGCUUCCCCAAGCUGAUGCGCUUCCAGGAGCACCACGACCGCAUCCUGAAGAAGAUGAUGCCCAAGCUCAAGCGACACCUGCCAAGAGGUGCUGACCAGCCUGUACACCAUGAAGUGGUUCUUCCAGUGCUUCCUGGACAGAGUGAGCGCUUCAAGCUGAGCCGACCGAGAGAGGCGCGGCUGUUCGAGAUGUGUCAAGAUCUGCACGUUUGUUUUGUCCUCCCAGACUCCCUUCACCCUCACGCUCAGGAUCUGGGACAUCUACAUCCUGGAGGGCGAGAGAAUUCUUCCGGCCAUGUCCUACACUGUCCUCAAACUGCACAAGAAGCACCUGAUGAAGUUGUCCAUGGAGGAGCUGGUGGACUUCCUGCAGGUGACGUUGUCCGCAAAUUUCUUUUUCGAGGACGACUUUGUGGUGGAGCAGCUCCAAGCCUCCGUGGCGGAGCUCCGGAGGGCCAAGCUGGAGCUGCCCGCUCCAGCCAACCACUCCAAAACGCCGGCGGUAAAGAUGAGGAGUUCCCCAAGAAGCCGCUAGGGCAGCUUCCCGAGCUGGCUGCCAACCACGUGGGCAACGGUCAGAGCCACGCGGAGCCGGCCGACCCGCCCGCUCCGGUACCGGACGGUCGUCCCCCGAGUCGGUUACGCCGGGACUCUCUGGACAAGUCCGCACGCCGGCGCAAAAGCGACAUCAGAGACGGUCAAGUUCAGGCGGCCGCCGACGGGCGACGCCAGCCUGAAAAGGGGGCGGGGCCGGGACAGGGCCCCGCCGACCGCAUCUCCGACGCCGCCCCCGGCCCUCAGCGGGACGUCGGGCCUCGUUGGUUCAAACCCUCCGAGACCAAACUGGAAGCGGCCAAGGCCACGGCGGCGCGGGAGGACUGGCGGAGCCGGGCGGGGGCGGCGGCGGCCUCCGGCCCGGAUGACGCCCGGCGGACCGAGCGCCGCCCGCGCUCCCAAGGUUUGGUUCCGGGCGCCGACCGCGGUUCUGACGCCUCCCAGUACGACAACGUACCGGGACUAGAGCCGGAGUUCGAGAUCCUGGAGCUGGAGAGACCCCCGACCAGGAUGCAGGCUCCUCGCGGCGAGACGAUUUCCUACGGCGUGGCGCCCAGCGGGAAUGUCUUUUCGGCUCAGUCCGGGUCCAGGAUGCCCUCGCACCCUCCUCAUCAGCCAGUGGGAGACCAGAGCCGCUUUUCCGCAAACCAAAACCACCAUCAGGUCCCUACCGAGGUCCCCGUUUUACACCCGGGGUACAGACAGUACGACACGGGGGUCGGGGAUCGAGCCUUCGCCACCGCCAGGCGACAGCCCAACGAGGUCUCCCCGGAGCGGGCCCUCCUGAACUACUAUGUAACUCACCACGGGGAUCCGCCACGCAACCUCAGCAGCCCCCGGCCGCCCCCCUUGCAGCUCCAGCUGCAGGGGCACGCCACCCCCAUCUACCUGCAAAAGCUCACCUCCACCGCACAGGUCCACGCCCCUUCGGACUACAGGCUCCAGGGGCGCGUCCGGCACCUCCCGGAAGGGCGCCCCCCCGGAUGCCGGCGGGGCCCGGAGGAGCCCCCGCCGCCGCCGCAGUCCCCGGGCCGGGUGCCUCGCUCGCCCAGCUUCCAGAGAGCCCAGAUGUCUCCCGUGGAGGUGUUUGAGUUUCCGGACGACGACGACGACGACGACGCCAGGACGCGGCGGCUCGUCGUGCGCCAACAGCUCCCCCGGCUGUUCGGAGGCGCGUACUACAGGCACGCGCAGGAGGCCUUCGCCAUGCAGGAGUCCAUGCUGCUCUGACUCCACCGGCAGCAACGCGGAAACGAAGCUUCAGGUGCAUGGACUAGAUCGCUCUUGGUGCAUUUCAGUGCACUAGUAGAAGGAGUGUAUCCUACUAGUGACCUUUUUCACUACUGAGUUUGGUUGUCAAGGAGAUAGAAGAAACGCUUUCCGUCCGGAGGUGAAGUCAGAGACACGCCGGCCGCUCAACUUUCUACUCAACACUUUAGACAAGGAUUUAACAUGAACAAAACAAAGGCCGAAGAUUUUAUUUUAUUUUUGGAAACGAGUAGAACUAUAUAUCUUUUAGAGUCAGAUAUGUACAGCGUUUUUGUUCAUAAUUUUGAGUAGAGAAAGAGAAAAAGUCAUUGUCCAUCUUUAUUUUUGUUACUCGUAGAUGUUGACACUCCAGUUCAGUUCAUGCUUGUGAAUGUUGUUUUUUUAUUGUUGCUUUUUUGCAAGCAGAGAAAAUAACAAAAGUAAGCAAUGACUCACUGGACUUUAUCAUUUACAUUUUCAUGUUCGUGUGUGUGUGUGUGUGUUAAUUAUUAUCAUGACUCGGUUUCUAGGAUGUAUUCAUCUCUGAUCAACUGAAGUGCAAUCUUUUUUCUUUUUAUAUAUAUAUAUAUAUAUAUAUAUAAUGUACACAGUGAGUACUGUAUCAUGAGGCCAGUGAUUUUGUUUUUCUUUUGUGGUGUAUUACAAACACUAAUGUAAUUUGUGUAAUGUAUGUCUGAUGGCUUCGAUACAUGUAUAAUGUAACUUUAGACGCCAUGUUUUGUUUUGUUGUUUUUUGGGUGUGCGUGUCUUAAAGAUAACUGAUCUUGACCUCGGCCGAGUUGCAGUAAAGGUUUGCGUUAACUAAUUCAGUUUUCUUUUUGUCGACACUGUCAAGUGGACUACUGUUCCUGAACACUAAAUGUGUGUGACACAUUUGCGCGUUGAACUGUUUUGUCUUCUUUUACACUCUCACAUUUUACAUUCACAAAGUUUAAUUUGUUGGAAGACUAACUGCACAAUUGCAUUUGGAUAUUUUGGAUUAAUAAACAAAGUUGAAGUGGAAAAUGAACAA